UGGUGGAUCAAGGUGGGACCAGUAAUGUCGUUAAUAUUCAUUAUGAGAAAGAAGAGCUGGAAGGGCACAGAACGCUGUAUGUUGGGGUACGGAUGCCUUUGAUGAGACAAAGCCACAGACAUCACAGGAAUCAUGGCCAAAAACAUAGGAAACGAGACCGGGCGAAGGGAGCCAUUCAAGAAGACGAGCAGGAAUCUCAUGACACCCCGUCUCAGCGAGUUCAGUUUAUCCUUGGUAUGGAGGAGGACGAGGAGCAUGUUCCCCAUGAUUUGUUCACAGAGCUGGAUGAAAUCUGUGUGAAAGAAGGAGAAGAUGCCGAAUGGAAGGAAACGGCCAGGUGGCUGAAGUUCGAAGAGGACGUGGAGGACGGAGGAGAACGCUGGAGCAAGCCCUAUGUGGCGACACUUUCAUUACACAGCCUCUUUGAGCUGAGGAGUUGCAUCAUGAACGGGACUGUCCUUCUGGAUAUGUGCGCCAACAGCAUCGAGGAAAUUGCAGAUAUGAUCCUGGAUCAGCAAGAACCAAGCAGUGAGUUUGAUGAAAGAAUGAGAGAGAAUAUCCGGGAUGCCCUCUUAAAAAAGCAUCACCACCAGAACGAGAAGAAGAGGAACAACCUCCUUCCGAUUGUCCGCUCUUUCACUGACGUCAGCAAGAAGCAGUCGGAUCCACUCUUAUUGGACAAAACGGCAAUGCACACGCUGUCUCCUCAACCUGGCACUACCAGUCUAGAAAUUAAAAACGGAGUGACCCACGACACUAGUCCUAUGGAUUUAAGCAAGGCGGAGCUUCAUUUCAUGAAGAAAAUUCCUACUGGAGCAGAAGCUUCCAACGUUCUAGUGGGAGAGUUGGAUUUCCUCCUUCGUCCCGUGGUGGCGUUUGUGCGUCUGACGUCAGCCGUCCUUCUCUCAGGCAUGACGGAAGUCCCGAUCCCAACGAGGUUCUUAUUUAUCUUGUUGGGACCAGAAGGGAAAGCACAUCAGUACCAUGAGAUUGGCAGGUCAAUGGCCACCCUCAUGACAGAUGAGAUUUUCCAUGACGUUGCUUAUAAAGCCAAAGACCGUGCUGACCUUGUAGCUGGUAUUGAUGAAUUCCUGGAUCAGGUGACGGUAUUGCCUCCUGGAGAAUGGGAUCCAUCGAUUAGAAUUGAACCACCGAAAAAUGUACCUUCCCAGGACAAGAGGAAGAUGCCAGGUGUCCCUAAUGGCACUGCUUGCCAUACUGAGCCAGAACAGCACAGUGGACCCGAACUUGAACGAACGGGAAGGCUCUUUGGUGGUUUGAUCAUGGAUGUGAAACGAAAAGCUCCUUGGUUCUGGAGUGACUUCAGGGAUGCUCUGAGCUUGCAGUGCUUGGCGUCUUUCCUCUUUCUAUACUGUGCCUGCAUGUCCCCCGUGAUUACCUUUGGGGGGCUGCUUGGAGAAGCGACCGAUGGACAAAUAAGCGCAAUAGAAUCCUUAUUUGGUGCCUCGAUGACUGGAGUUGUGUACUCUCUGUUCGCUGGACAACCCCUCACUAUCUUAGGAAGCACUGGACCGGUGCUGGUGUUUGAAAAGAUUUUGUUCAAGUUCUGCAAAGACUACUCACUCUCCUACCUUUCCCUGAGAACGAGCAUUGGACUGUGGACCGCUUUCCUGUGCAUCGUCCUUGUGGCAACAGACUCCAGCUCCCUAGUAUGCUACAUCACUCGCUUUACGGAAGAAGCAUUUGCUUCUCUGAUCUGUAUCAUUUUCAUCUACGAAGCGCUAGAGAAACUGAUUAAGCUAGGGGUGACCUACCCCAUCCACAUGCACAGCCAGCUCGACCACCUUACCUUCUACUAUUGUAAGUGUGCCGCUCCUGACAAUCCCAGCAAUCAAACCCUACAGUUCUGGAGCGACAAGAAGAUUGUCCCUUCUGCGAUUGAGUGGGCGAACCUCACUGUCAGUGAAUGUCGGAAAAUGCAUGGAGAAUUUACUGGACCCGCCUGUGGGCACCAUGGCCCCUACACGCCAGAUGUCCUCUUCUGGUCUUGCAUUCUCUUCUUCACCACCUUCAUCAUGUCCGGCGCACUGAAGAUGUUUAAAACCAGCCACUAUUUCCCAACAAAAGUACGAGCCAUGAUAAGUGACUUUGCUGUUUUCUUAACUAUCGUCACUAUGGUGACUUUUGAUUUCUUAAUUGGAGUCCCAUCACCAAAGCUACAGGUUCCCGGUGUCUUCAAGCCGACAAGAGAUGACCGUGGGUGGAUUAUUAGCCCGAUAGGGCCCAAUCCCUGGUGGACGGUGUUAGCAGCUCUCAUCCCAGCUCUCCUCUGCACCAUCUUGAUAUUCAUGGACCAGCAAAUCACUGCUGUUAUCAUAAACAGAAAGGAGCAUAAACUCAAGACUCUUCACCUGCUUAAAGAUAAGCACGUGCUUAAGUGCUUUGCUGGACCGGAGCCAAUCAACACCUAUAAUAUUUGUUGCAGGGACGAUCCUUCAGAGAUAAACAUCUCAGACGAAAUGCCUAAGACGACUGUAUGGAAAGCUCUCAGCAUGAAUACAGAAAAUCUCUAAAUCCCAGGAGAAGAGUUUUUCCAUUUAGGGACCUUGACUUUGGCGGCGGGGGAGGAGACCUUGAAGAUGACUCAGGGAUGAGCCAAGAUGUACAGACACG